GCGAGAAUCUCAGUUGUCUGUUGCCUCUCCUCCGCAACACCCACCCGCGAGCGACCAUGGCGCUCACCACGACCUCCGAGAAGCAGGCGGCGGACGGUGCCCGCACGGCCGCGAGUAGCAAUGGCUCGCACGACGUGAUUGAGGAUAUCGAGCGCAUCGGAGCGCAUACUGGCUACGACAAGAACCACCUCCAAAAGUCACAGACGCAGAUUGACGAGGAGGCGAAUCCGAACAUUUACCACCAUUUUUGUCCGCAGCUUCUCCUGUCAUUGACGGCCAUGUCCUUUCUCUGGGUGGGCUCUCAAAUUCCUCUCUAUCUGUACGGAGCCGUGCUUCCGGACAUCUAUGCCGAUAUUGGUGGCGCAGGCGGCAGAUACCUGUGGAUGGUCAUUGGAUACCUGAUUCCCAACUCUGCCCUGUGUCCGUUCGUUGGUGCUCUGUCCGACCUCUUUGGUCGUCGCUGGGUGGCCGCAUUCGGACAGGUAUGCCUCCUCAUUGGGCCCAUCGUGGUCUCUACCGCCCACUCGAUGAACGUAGCUAUCGGUGGCAUGGUCCUCAGCGGUCUUGGAGCGGGCUUCAACGAGCUGAUCGCGCUUGCUGGUACUUCCGAAAUGGUUCCCUCUGCCAAGCGUGGCAUGUACGUGGGACUGGUCGUCUUCACCAUUCUGCCCUUCUGCCCGUCUCCACUAUGGGCACAACUCAUCACACAGGCUGCCGGCAACUGGAGAUACGUUGGUAUUCUGGUAGGAGUAUGGAAUUUCUUGGGUCUGAUUCUGGUUGUCUGCUUCUACAAGGACCCGAUUCCACUUACUCCUCCCCGUCCAGCCCGGGAGAUUCUCCGCGAAAUUGACUACGUUGGUGGUGUCCUGAGUACCUUUGGUGUUACACUCUUCAUGAUGGGUAUGCAAUGGGGUGCACGACAGUAUUCUUGGGGCUCGGUGCACGUUCUCGUGCCCUUGAUUCUCGGCCUUGUCAUCAUUGCUGCAUUCUUCAUUUGGGAAUCCAUGUUUGCGCCAUUUCCUAUGGUCCCAGCCGCGGUCUUUUCCAAGGACAAGCGCACUAUGAUCUGCGCACUGCUGAUUACGUUCUUCAGCGGCGGUAACUUCUUCGUGCUGUUGCUCUUCUGGCCCACCCAGGUGUACAACAUGUACGGCAACGACCCUCUCCAGAUUGGCAUCAGGACUCUCCCGAUUGGUUUUGGUAUCAUCGUGGGUGCUUUCCUCAGUCUGCUCAUGUUCGGCCUCUGCAAGGGACGCACUACCAUUCUCAUGAUCUUCUGGUGUGCCCUCAUGACAGCCUUCACAGGCGCCAUGUCAAUUGCUCGGACCGACAACCUCAGUCCCACCGUCUACGGCAUCUUGAGCAUCUCCGCCAUCGGCGUUGGAGCAGUCAUCAUUCCCAUCUCCAUCAUCGCACAGGUCGUGAGCCCUGUCGAAUACAUCGGAUCCGUGACUGCCGUCACCCUCUCCAUCCGUUACAUUGGCGGAGCCAUCGGCUUCACCGCCUAUUACAACGUCUUCUUCCACAAGCUCGAAUCCGAAUACGUCCUUCCCGCGGGCUUCAACGUUGCCGUUGCAGGAAUCACAUCUGACUACCCCACUCUCUACCGCCUCCUCACCCUCGGCGCCCAAGCACAAUACGCCGAUUUGCGCACUUUUAUUGCCGAAAGCCCCUUGGUCGCCCGCAAGGACGUCGCAUACGAUAUCAUUAUCGAAAAUCUUCAAGAGGCGUUUGCGUUGGCGUACCGAUGGCCUUACUGGAUGAGUAUUGCAUUUGGUGCCGCGUCAUUGGUGUGUGCGUGUUUUAUGAGGGAUAUUCGACAUUAUUUGUAAAAGAAAACAAAAGAAAAAUUGUCAAGAUGCCAACGUAAAUAGCCAUGCAUAUUAUGAAUAUGUUCUUCUUUUUUCUCUGAUGAGUGAAUUAUGGAUUGAAUUUUCAAAGGAUCGAAAAGAAAAGAAAAGGGAACUUUUCGUCUUAUUAUCGUCGGUUAGUACGCAUGAAUAUCUAAACUACCGUACCCGUACC